UUUGAUCUGCGUGGAUCAGAUGGGAUCAUUGAUUCUACAUCAAUACUCAAAGAGGGCAAAGCCUUCCAGACAGAGGCUGUGGACUAUAGGUGGUUCAUUUGAGCACCGCCAAAAGGAAAGGUCAAUGCAGUUCUUGUGUGUGUUUUUCUAUAUUAUAUUUGUAAUAUCCCUCGCUUUAUCCAAUAUAAUUUACAAAAUAUACACAAGUCAAGUUCCCAUUUGCUUGGUUGAAAACCUGUUGCAGAUCUAUUUGCGAUUUUUGGAAUAUGAGAUGCACAACUCCAAUGAGGGCAAACUUAACUUUGUGGCUGUGUACGACGGAAGUAGCUUAGUGGAGCACCUGAAGAACAAGUAUUGCAGCACAGUGGCCAACGAUAUAAUGUUGGUGACCUCGGUGGGGGUCAUACGAAUGUGGGCAGAUCAGGGCAGCCAAAAAAGACGCUUCCGUUUCCUUUUCACAACCUUCCUAGAGCGUUAGUGAAUUCAUUUGACAGAAUUUCAACCCAAUCUACGGCUAUGUUCAAUUGUUGACGCACUGUUUGAAGAGUUCCAAUUAGUUUGUAAGGAGAGGCGACAGCAGGGAAUACAAAGUUCUCUUGACUGGGUUAUUGAGUAGAAACAACACUCCUGGACCAACCUUGAUCUAAAGUCGCUUGCAGUGCAGUGUGCAACCAGCUUAAGCCUUAUUAGUUGCUUUUCAAUCUAAUUUAUGAUUUUCAAACCCUAUUUAAUGUUUAGGGAGUAAAGUUACACUACCGGUCAAAAGUUUUAGAACACCUACUCAUUCAAGGGUUUUUCUUUAUUUUUACUAUUUUCUACAUUGUAGAAUAAUAGUGAAGACAUCAAAACUAUGAAAUAACACAUAUGGAACCAUGUAGUAACCAAAAAAUAGUUAAACGUCAGAGUUAAGGAAAAGCAGCCAACAAGUGCUCAGCAUAUGUGGGAACUCCUUCAAGACUGUUGGAAAAGCAUUCCAGGUGAAGCUGGUUGAGAGAAUGACAAGAGUGUGCAAAGCUGUCAUCAAGGCAAAGGGUGGCUAUUUGAAGAAUCUCAAAUAUAAAAUAUAUUUUUAUUUGUUUAACACUUUUUUGGUUACUACAUGAUUCCAUAUGUGUUAUUUCAUAGUUUUGAUGUCUUCACUAUUAUUCUACAAUGUAGAAAAUAGUAAAAAUAAAGAGAAACCCUUGAAUGAGUAGGUGUUCUAAAACAUUUGACCGGUAUUGUAUGUUCCCCUUGUUUUCAGCUCCAUGUAAAGUGGAGGCUUUCUUCUUCCAUAGCAACAUGUGCAUCAACACCAGCUUAGUGAGCAAAGGCAUCCAGAACUGUGUCUACCCCUGGGACGAGAACAACUGCAAAUGUGAGACACCUGCUCCAUUUGGAUCUAGAGCUGACAAAUAUGAAUCACAGUCAAUGUUUUAGGUUUACCUGUAUGACAAAAGUACAAGUUAAUGGUGCAUUGUAAAUGUAAUCUUGAUCAAUCUAAAUGUAACUUUCAUCACACUAUUCACCACAAUUCAAGACUAGAAAACUUGAUGGUAUGUCAUGUUUACUGUACACAGAGAAGAGAAAAGCCAGCAUAUUAGACAAUCUUGACCACACCAAUGUCACAAUCAUUCUAUUCACCUGUGGUCUGGUAGUUGUCCUUCUAAUUGUGGCAAGUAUCAUUCAAGUCAAACAGCCACGCAAAAAGUACAUAAUCACAAGGGAUGACUUUGAGCCCACAUUGUUCCACGAGGCCUUUGAGCCCCCACAUUAUGAACUGUGCACCCUGCAGAGGGCAGCUUCUGCCUACCACAUGACUAUGGUCAAUAAUUUUUAGAAGUUUAACAAACUCCAACGGUCUUCAUCCAAGUGCAUCAGGGGCAGCCAAAGUAACCUGAGUGUGCGGGACGCAGCCAUCAUAUCAGAUGUGCCACCACACCACACCCUCCAGCCGCAGGAACAUACUGAUGAUGAAGCACAGUUACUCACAGGACGGGCAGGAUGGCUGUGACCAGGAUGACGAUGUGGAUGAUUGUCCCACCACCAGCCACCAUGUCCUGGCUGCACACCGGUCAAUGUCCAAUGAUUUC